AUUCUUCAUUAGUUAUAUUUUACAGCUUAUGCAGUUUGAAAUUGGUCGAAUGCUUGCAUUAAAUCCUAAAUGUCUUAUUUUCAUUUUAUAUUUCAAUUCAAUUUUGAUAUCAAGAAAUCUCCAAGAACAUUUUGAACUUUAGCCGGUCAUCAUGUAACUGUAGUUUUCGCUUUUCUAUUUAUCCUGAGGGUUUCCUGUUUUUAAUUGGCUGUUCAAAGGGGCUGGACUAGUUUCGUUUUUUUGUUUUAUUUUGCAAUCAGGUGAAAAAAUAGAUAACUUAAAUUUUCAUCGUUACUUUCCUGUCAUCUUUUCUUGUCGUCUGAGGUGUACAGAGUUCAAUUAUAAGUUGCGUAAACUAAAGGAAGUGAAAGACGACUAAAAACUUCUCCAUUCUCAUCUAUUAACCGGAAAUUUUUUUCCUUAAACCAUGUCUAAAAUACAGUGUGGACCUGUAGUUGAAAUUCAAGGAGACGAGAUGACAAGGAUUAUUUGGGACCUGAUCAAAGAAAAACUUAUUCUACCUUUUCUAGAUAUUGAACUUCACUUCUUUGAUUUAAGUGUACAAAAUCGGGAUGCAACUAAUGAUCAAGUUACUGUUGAUUGUGCAAAUGCUAUCAAGAAAUACAAUGUUGGUGUUAAAUGUGCAACCAUUACUCCUGAUGAAAAUCGUGUUACUGAAUUUGGAUUAAAGCAGAUGUGGAAAUCUCCUAAUGGCACUAUAAGAAAUAUUUUGGGUGGUACUGUGUUCAGGGAAGCCAUUAUUUGUAAAAACAUUCCUCGUUUAGUGACUGGUUGGACAAAACCAAUUAUUAUUGGACGUCAUGCAUAUGGCGACCAAUAUCGGGCUACUGAUUUUGUUGUACCUGGUCCAGGAAAGCUUGAAAUAAAGUACACACCUGCGGAUGGAUCUACUCCUCUUCAGUAUACAGUUUUUGACUUUAAAGAUGGGGGUGGAGUUUCUCUCUCCAUGUAUAACACUGAUAAGUCAAUUACAGAUUUUGCCCACAGCUCUUUCCAAUAUGCUUUACAAGCUAAUUAUCCUCUAUAUUUAAGUACAAAGAACACUAUACUGAAGAAAUAUGAUGGUCGCUUUAAAGAUAUAUUUCAAGAAAUUUAUGAUAAAGAAUACAAGUCAAAGUUUGAAGCUCAAGGUAUUUGGUAUGAACACAGACUUAUUGAUGAUAUGGUUGCUCAAGCAUUAAAAUCUGAAGGAGGUUUUGUGUGGGCUUGCAAAAACUAUGAUGGAGAUGUCCAAUCAGAUUCUGUUGCUCAAGGCUAUGGAUCUUUGGGUUUGAUGACAAGCGUAUUAAUUUGCCCUGACGGUAAAACAGUUGAAGCAGAAGCAGCUCAUGGAACUGUUACUAGACACUAUCGAAUGCAUCAAAAAGGUCAAGAAACUUCAACUAAUCCUAUUGCGUCAAUUUUCGCCUGGACAAGAGGUUUGGCUCAUCGUGCAAAACUUGAUGCAAAUUUGAAAUUAUCUAAUUUUUCUAAAACUUUAGAAAAAGUCUGCGUGGAAACUAUUGAAGCUGGAUUCAUGACCAAGGAUCUUGCUAUUUGUAUAAAAGGAAUGAAAGGUGUCACUAGAGCUGAUUAUCUCAACACUUUUGAAUUUUUGGAUAAGUUAGCUGAAAACUUGAAGAAAGAAAUGGGAAAUUGACUAGCCCUUGAUCGAUCAAAGCUAUAGAAUCAAAUAAGAUUUAAAGGGAAAAAAGCUAAUAUAAUUUUAUGUACUGGCUUUAUUUGUAGUUUUUUUCUACACUGUUUUGCUAUACACAUUUAAUCUCUUUUUCUUAUAUAUUUAUUAUUAUUAAAGUAUAUUUUUGAUUA